UCACAAUUCUGUAUGUGUGUGUUGCUACAGGUGCUGCACUUGAUAGGCAUGGCUCUGAUGGAGGAGCAGCAACAGCUAGAGAACAUUGGGGAUGACGAUGAAGUUACUUUCAACUUCACCCUGAAAAUCUCCCGUCCCGGUGAAGCCCCCGGCAACACUCCAAGCAUCCUGGCUCUGUUAGAGACCUUGCAGCGCGCGCCUCACUUGGAAGUGCACAAAGACAUGAUUCGCUGGAUCCUUAAAAUGGUGGUUAGCAUUAAAACGAUGCGCGAGUGCACAGCUGCUGCACCUCCCUGUGAAGGAACUGGGCACUGUCACAAGGAGACUGUGUGGGACAAAGACAAAGCAGAGAGAAAAAGGAAAGCUGAACUGUGCUGGAAAAAGACCAUGGCUCAAACAUUACAGAGCCAGAGUCAUUUUAUCAAUAAGUACAUAGAUCUGCUCACGCAGGAUUCAGAGGAUCUGGACGUCUCAGCCUCUACAUCAGCAGGGCAUGGGUACCUAAGCAUGCUCGUAGUGACGCAGUGUUCUUUAUAAGUCAACUUGUAUUAUAUUCUCAAUAUCCAGUCAGUACAUUUAUGUCAGUAAAUCCAUGCAUCAACACUUCCUUGACUUUGCUGAGCAGUUGUCUGUUCUUUGUCCUAAAAGUUCUUGCAUUUAAUGGUGGUCUUCACAUAACAUAAGUAAAUUCCCAUCCUUAAACUCUUUAUCUUGCAUAUUCAUUUGGAGCAUUUUCUGUUAGGGUAAAUGAGUAGAGAGGAUCCUAGGCCAUUUUUAGCAAUUUCCUGGUGAUUAAAAAAAGAUGAACCCAUUUAUUCAACAUUGAUUAUUUUAACAAAUUCAGAAGUACCUUAACAUAAAAUUAAGGUUAUAGUGUACUUGUAACCAUCCGUCUCUGCUUGGUACAGCCCCAGUUCAUGUGACGGUGCUCUGGUGUGUGUGGGACCUCGUCGUUGGCGUGCCAGAGGAGGAGAGAGGAGGCAGAUGGAGAUGUGUAUCCUGUGUCACGAAGCGCAGGAGAUCCUACCUGAUGGCGCCGUCAUGGUGCUCGCUGCCUUUGUCCAACGCUCUACGGUCAUGUCCGAGAACCACAAAAGACCCCCUCACAAUCCAGAGAGCUAUGAUCCCCUCUUCAUGCACCCUGACCUGUCCUUUGGUACCCAUACCGGCAGCUGUGGCCACAUCAUGCACUCUCACUGCUGGCAUAGGCAUGUGUUGAGCCAUGGCUUAUGGAUCACAGGACCUGCCCGAUGUAUGUGUGACAUCCUCAAAUCCCUCAGAGUAGAGGUGAGGUGUGUGCGUAAAUGGAUUCAUGAGAGUUUCUCAUCUCUCUAGAGACGGAUGUUGAGGAGCAGCACAUGUAGACGGUCACUUCUGAUUUGCAUUCGUUUCCCAGCAGCACUGAGUACUUUCACACACACUGUGACUCAGUCUCCAGCAUACACCCCAACUCCGAGUCUCUCACACAGCGAUCAAUCUCUAUGAAUCUCUGCAUGCAACAGAGCAGCUGGGUCCUGCUGACCACACACAUGAAGGUGAGAAGUGCGCGUA